AUGCUCUCUAGAAGAUUCUUCUCGACCACUGUCAGAAAGCUGGCAAAAGCUGAGAUCACCACACUUUCAAAUGGUCUAACGGUGAUUUCGAAACCAGGAAACUCAAAACUCUCUUCUAUUGGACUCUACCUCAAUUCAGGAGCUAGAUCAGAGAACGCAUAUAACUCCGGUGUUUCAACCUUGUUUGGAAAUGUUCUCAAGAAUUCGUCGAUCGCUAAGAAGGCACUAAAUUCCGGUGUCAAGGUUUCUUCGACUAACGCCAAAGAGCUUACUGGAGCAGCAGUUGCUUCAUUUGCACCGGGAAAUGCUGAUGCUGCUAUAUCUACACUUGGGGAAUUGGUUAAGAAUGCUUCAAAGUUGGCCGAGGAUCGGGUUACGGUCUCGGAGGAGGUUGCCAAGGCAGCAACUUUUGCUGAAGAUUUUGAAAAUGAUUCAAAAAAGAUGGUUGUCGAACAUAUGACAGCCACAGCUUUUCAAGGUACUUCGCUUGCACUUCCUUCCUACGGUAAGGCUGAGACUUUGUCAAUUUUAGAGAGCCAGGAUAUUUCUGACUUCAUUGGAAAGAACCUUUUGGCUGCAAAUACCGCCUUGGUCGCUUACGGUUCGGAUAUUUCUCACGAGAAGCUUGUUGAAGCAGCCUCCAAACUUUCCAUUAAGGACGGCUCGCGUGCGCCAUAUCCAGCCACGUCGUUUUUGGGCUCUGAUGUGCGUUUGAGGGAUGACACUUUGCCAAAAGCUUAUGUUGCAAUUUCCGUCAAGACUCCAGGUGCCAAAUCCGACAAGGAUUACUUCACUGGUUUGGUCGCAGCUCACAUUAACGGUGAGUUUGUGGGACAUGAUUCGCUAUACACACAGUUCGAGGGAUCCAAAUUGUCCCAACUGGUGUAUGCAAGCAGCUUGGGUGAUUACUACAAGCAUUUCCAGCUUGCUUACUCGGACAUUGGCCUUUGGGGUGCUCUUAUGACUUCUCCAAAUAUCGGCUGUGUCGAUGAGUUGAUUCACUUCACUUUGAAGAGCUGGAACAGAAUGUCUACUAGGACAAUUACGGAUGCUGAGCUCCAGAAGGCUAAGCAGGAGAUCAAGUUGUCUCUUUCUAGCAUCAACACCGACUCUGCAGCACAGACUGAGAAGCUAGCAGAUUCAUUCUUCUCCAAGGGACUUCUAUACUCUGAUGGUGAACUUAUACAGAACAUUGACAGUAUUACCCUCAAAGAUAUCGCAACUUGGGCCGACAAAUACUUGUACGACCAGGAUAUUGCUCUUGCUGCUACUGGACAGAUCGAGGAUGUGUUCGACUACAACAGAAUCAGAAAUGACAUGUCUAUGCUCAGAUGGUGA